GCGAAAGAGUUCGAGUGUCAAAUAAUAGUCGACCAAUAUCCAAGCCCAGCGGCCUAUGCUUCGAACUAGGCCCAAUGAAGACCCAAGCCCAACAGCACAGACAUGAACAGAACAGUCCAUCUCACCGGGCCCAAAAUUCCCCCACAUAUCGAAGGGCAAAACAGAGAUUUAACAACGGCGGACAACGAAUAGCCUACUUUUCGUGGCUUCUGAAUAACUCGUCAUUUGCGAAGGAUUGAAGAAAAGCCCCAAUUGGUGGAUUCACAAUCUCUCUCUCUGUCCUGCUUCUCAAUCUCAUCAGAUUAAGUGAAAUGGCUGGUCACAAGAUUGCUCAUGCCACAAUGAAGGGGCCAAGCGUUGUCAAGGAGAUAAUUAUUGGGGCGGUGCUUGGUUUGGCUGCUGGAGGCCUUUGGAAAAUGCAUCACUGGAAUGAGCAGAGGAAAAUAAGGACAUUCUAUGACUUGCUGGAGAAAGGGGAAAUCAGUGUCGUUGCUGAAGAAUAGAUCUUCAGAGUUUCAAACAUGAUUUGUGGACUCAUUCAAAGUUUGUUAAUCACUCUCUCUACUUUCCAUUUGGCCCUUGAACUUAAGAUGAUGAGCUUAGUCUGGGUUCUGAAUAAGUUUCUCAAACUGUUGUCGAAUACAUUAUUGUUUUAAAUGGAAGUUGAUUAAUCUUCUUCUCA